AUAUUCAUUUUCAAAAAACUAUUAGAGAUGAUUAGUUGAAAUCUGUAGAUUUUACGGAUCUUCCUAAAAAAAAGAUAUGCACACGACUCAUCUCUUGCGAAUCUUCUAAAAAAAAAUUUGAGGUGGCAAUACUGUUUUGCGUUGAAAGAAUAAAUUCACAGAGCCCUCUAUAAAAUCGAUAUUCAUUAAAUAAAAACAAUCUACUCGUGGAAGAUUCGUGCUUAUUGCUAUUUCAUCUCAAUUAUAAUUCAGAUUUAACCAACAAAAAUUAUAACAAUUACAAGGACAAAAUUAAUUACAGAAUGACAAAUAUCGUUCAACAAAACAACUUUCCACAUAGUUUAAAUCCACUUAAGAAAUCUGAAAAUUUACCACCGCCGUUGCAAGUACCUCUACAAACAAGAACCGAAGUAAAUAAUUUAGAUUAUAGAUUUGAAGCUAUUAGAUUAAAAAGCUUUCAAAAUUGGCCAGUUUCUUUUAUAGAACCUAGAAUUCUUGCAGCAGCUGGUUUCUAUUACAUGGGUAAAACUGACAGAGUAAAAUGCUUCGAAUGUGAGACAGAAAUAUAUAAAUGGGAAAAAGGAGAUAUUCCUAUGAUUGAUCAUGAACGCUCUUCACCAAAUUGUCGUUUUGUUAGAAAUAUUCCAUGUGGUAAUGUACCUAUCGAUGUUGACUCAGCUUCAGUAAUUCUGCCAAGUCCUCGAAGUCAAGAUGUGUGUGGAAUACACGAUACAGAAAUGCUGCCAGAGCCGGAUCAAAAAUACAUGGAACAAGACUUUUCACACAAUAAAUUGAGAUCUUUAGGGCUCGAAAGACCUAGGCCACCAGCAUAUCCGAAAUAUGUUAACUUAGAAUCUAGAUUACGUACUUUUGAUACAUGGCCAAAAUCUUUACCACCGUACAAAGAAGAAUUGGCUGAUGCAGGAUUUUUUUAUACUGGAAGAGAAGAUCAAACAUUAUGUUUUCAUUGCGGGGGUGGUUUAAAAGAUUGGGAACCUGAGGAUGAUCCAUGGGAUCAACACUCCAAAUGGUUUUCUAAAUGUUAUUAUCUUUUAGUGGUUAAAGGAGAAGAAUAUGUGAACACGGUGACGCAACAAUGUGUAGUAUCGUCAUCUAGGAAGGAAACUUUAAAUUUGAAAUUGCCUUCUUACAUCCAGAAGAUUGGACAUACUUCCAUGCAAAUCGAACAACCUCAAGAAGAAAUUUCUGAAAAAACAAAUCUUAAAAAUAAUCCUGGUUAUAGUGUUAAUUCCAGUAACAGUAAUACAGAAAACUCAAGUUCUACUUCAUGCAGCUUUACAACAGAAAACAAACAUGAUUUAUAUAAUAAAAAUGAAGAUAAGUAUAAGGGUGAUGGAAGAUUAUGUAAAAUCUGUUAUAAUGCAGAAAUGAGUAUAGUAUUUUUACCUUGCAAACAUAUGAUUUCAUGUGGUAAUUGCGCAUCUGUUUUAGAUAAAUGUCCUAUUUGUCGAAAAUCUAUAGAUUUAAUAAUAACUGCAAUUUUAUCAUAAAUAGUAUUAACAUAUUUUAUAUAAUAAAUAAGAAGAAUCUUAUCUUAAGUAUAUAGAUAAAAGAACUCAUAUAUG